UUUCGACGGACGAGCGCGGAAGCAGGUCGACGAUGCUGAGUCGGCUGCGAGUCGUGGGCAGGUUGGGCAAGACGACGUCUAGCGUAUCCCUUACCAGACGCCGUGUGUCCAUCAAGUCGGCGGAUGAAUUCUUCCUACCGAACCUCCAUUCUCCUCCAUCAACCAAGCACUCGACUGGACUCCACGACCGUAUGCGCGACGACGCCCUGGACGAAACAGCUUUGUAUGAGCGUGAUAUCGAGCUCCUAGACCAUGAACUGGAGUCCUUGCUCGGCCCUCUGCACGACAAAACAGAGACCGACGACGACAAACUGCCAGUCACUCCACCACCUGCCCGCUUCAAACAGUAUCAAUCUCCCUCUCCUCCCAUCAGCCACGCUUUACAUCACGACCAAACCACGCCUGCUCCAGCGGCAACUCGCACGUGCACGCUGUCCCAUCCACGUGUGGUGAUUUUAAACGGCCCAUGCUCACUGGUUGGAGGUGUCGCAAUGCAACGCCCAUGGGCUUCACUUCAGCUUGAGCUUGAGUACCUUUCAUCCACAGCAGGGAUCCUGCUGGAGUGUCAAUCGUCCAACCACGAAGGUGUCAUCAUCGACUUUCUCCUUAACACAUCGACUCACACGGUUGUCAUCUUCAACUGUGGUGGUACCGUUUGAAAUUGCCCAUUUUGAAGAAGCAACUGCCAUGACACGAGAAAUAGAUUUACUGGCCGCUUAUCCAGGCAUUCAAAAAGCCCUCGACCUCACCCCAGCGAAGCAAGUGAUUCUCUUAAACGACCGCCCCUACGUUGGAACUCCAGGCGCUCAUGUUCGUCAGCUAACUGGGUUCGGCGCCGACGGGUACAAGCUGGCCCUGCUCGCAACCAAGGAGGCUUGGUGAUGGUAGCCACGCCGCGUCGACGGAUAUUAGCCGAUGACGCUAUCGAGCCGUCGAGCGCUGAUGUUGCAAAUUGAAAUAUCUACAUCGAAGCAAUCGGGAUCUUGAAGGGAUGGGUUGACUUUGAUCUUGGCCAUGUUUAGAACGACAUGUUCUUGUGCUCCAACACUGUUGUUUCAUUGAAA